CAAAAUACAACGAAGAGUAUUUCACGCAUCAUGAGCGGCAAUACAAAGCGGACCAUUUACGUAGGUGGCUUAGCUGAAGAAGUUGAUGAAAAAGUGUUACAUGCAGCUUUUAUACCCUUUGGAGAAAUUGUUGAUGUCCAAAUACCAUUAGAUUAUGAAUCUGAAAAACACAGAGGAUUUGCAUUCAUUGAAUUUGAAACAGCAGAAGAUGCAGCCGCAGCUAUAGAUAAUAUGAACGACUCGGAGUUGUUUGGCCGAACUAUAAGAGUAAAUAUCGCUAAGCCGCAAAAGAUAAAAGAAGGUUCAUCGAAACCGGUAUGGGCAGACGACUCUUGGCUACAAGAACAUGCGGGCGAGACAUUGAAAAAUGACGACAAUACAAAGACGACAAAUGAUGUCGCACAAUUAAAGAAAUCAAAGCAGAAUCCUCAGGUUUACUUUGACAUAAGCAUAGGAAAACAAGAAGUGGGUAGAAUUAUUAUGAUGUUACGAGCAGAUAUUGUACCAAAGACUGCCGAGAACUUCCGAGCACUUUGUACGCAUGAAAAGGGAUAUGGAUAUCAGGGUAGCACACUUCAUAGAAUUAUUCCAGAUUUUAUGUGCCAAGGAGGUGAUUUUACGAAUCAUAAUGGUACAGGUGGAAAGUCAAUCUAUGGCAACAAGUUCGACGAUGAGAAUUUUGAAUUAAAACACACGGGUCCAGGAACCUUGUCAAUGGCCAAUUCUGGCCCAAAUACAAAUGGAUCACAAUUUUUCAUGUGUACAGCCAGAACAGACUGGCUAGAUGGAAAACACGUUGUCUUCGGACAUGUCCUCAGUGGAUUAGAUAUACUUAGAAAAGUUGAAAAAUGUGGAACAAAAGCAGGCACGCCGACACAAAAAGUUGUCAUAACUGCUUGCGGAGAAUUAGUAUAA